AUGAAGAGAAAGGUUAUGGCACUCGAAGAAGAUAGCUCGGAUAAUCACGGAGUUGCGUGGCGGAGAGGGCCGUUGCUUGGCAAAGGAGUGUUUGCGUCUGUUUAUCUCGCUUUUUUGACGAAACCCAAAUCAAGAAGAGCGUUUUAUCCACCACUUAUGGCUGUUAAAUCAGCGGAGGUCUCUUCCUCAAGUUCGCUUCAGAAGGAGAAACAGGUUUUCAACCAUCUUCCUGACUGUCCCUACAUUCUUGAGUGUUAUGGUGAAGAAACUACUAUGAGUAAGGAUGGAAAGAUGCUUUACAAUCUGUUGUCGGAGUACGCUUCUGGAGGAACCCUAGCUGAUCUUAUAAAGAGGUCGGAUGGCUGUGGGCUGCCUGAAUCGGAUGUGAAGAGAUACACAAGGUCUAUUCUUAAAGGUAUUGAUUAUAUCCACAGUCAUGAUUAUGUUCAUUGUGACUUGAAGCCGGACAAUGUGCUGCUCGUGCCUAGUGGGGAUGGUGACCUUGUGCCCAAGAUUGGGGAUUUUGGAUUGGCCAAGAAAGUUCCGAAGACGAAGAAGAGGAAGUUUGAUUGUUCUAUUGCAGGGACUGCUAUGUAUAUGGCACCAGAGACUCUCGUUGAUAAUAUUCAGGAAUUUCCCUCUGAUAUUUGGGCUCUUGGAUGCAUGGUUUUUGAGAUGUUUACUGGGAAAUCACUUUGGGGUUCGAACCCUGAUGAAACAACUGAAGAAGCUUGCCAAAGGAUUGCUGAUAGAUAUGAAAUGCCAAAAAUUCCUUCUUGGAUUUCAAAGGAUGGCAAGGAUUUCUUGAAAGGAUGUCUAGUGAAGAAUCAUCAGUUCAGAUUCACCAUUGAGAUGCUAUUAAUUCAUCCUUUUGUAUCUGGAAUAGAUGACACAUAAAUCAGUGAAUGUGGGGAGAUUGUGGAUUAAGGGUGCGUGGACUCAUCCCUGUUCUGAAGAUGCUAAUUCUGCUAGCUAUGAAGUUUUCAUCCCUGCUCACUUGCAGGUUUCUUAUUUGAAACCUAAAAAAGUGCUGCAGGUCUGGCCUGGAGGAGGUCCAUCUUUAGUGAUGUCUGAUCUUAUCCAAAAUGUGCCAUUUGGUUUCAAGAACAUAUAAGUGGAAUUAGCAUUCUUUUGGAAAAGCUGAUAUGAUCUUCUCCUGUUUAUUGAAUGCUGUUGUGUAUUAUUUC